CAUGUGGCAGCCUCCUAGGGACACGCGUGUGCAGCUGGGCCCUACGUGUGGUUCAGGAGAGGGUGGACCAGAGAGACCUAAACACGAGUGGGCUGAGCUGGGCCCAGCCUCUCUGCCUCUCUUUGGUUCCAUCUCCGGAUCAGCAGCGGCCUUGUCUGAAGAGCAUGCAGCCCCCUCACUCCCUGCCUGGCCUCGCCAUCCCUGCUCCCCCAGCCUGACCCCCGGCCCCAGCAUGGCCCAGGGUGCCAUGCGCUUCUGCUCAGAAGGCGACUGUGCCAUCUCCCCGCCACGAUGCCCUCGCCGUUGGCUCCCCGAAGGCCCAGUGCCCCAGAGUCCCCCGGCCAGCAUGUAUGGCAGCACAGGAUCCCUGUUACGACGAGUAGCAGGUCCAGGUCCCCGAGGCCGGGAACUGGGACGUGUGACAGCACCUUGUACCCCUCUGCAUGGCCCCCCCUCACCCCGUAUGGCUCCCUCACCCUGGGCACCCUCUUCACCCACUGGGAUGCCCCCACCAGGGGCCCAGAGCUCUGUGGUCAUCUUCCGUUUUGUGGAGAAGGCCAGUGUGAGGCCACUGAAUGGUCUACCUGCUUCUGGAGGCCUGAGUCGGAGCUGGGACCUGGGUGGAGUUUCACCUCCCAGGCCCACCCCGGCCCUUGGGCCUGGUUGCAACCGGAAGUUGCGGCUGGAGGCAUCCACAUCAGAUCCACUCCCAGCUGGAGGAGGCUCUACCCUUCCUGGAAGCAGGAGCCCCUCACAUGGGCCAUUGGUCCCACCUCAGGUUGGGGCAGAUGGCCUUUACUCCUCUCUUCCCAAUGGGCUGGGGGGGACCCCUGAGCACCUGGCCACACUCUUCCGAGGACCUGCAGACACUGGAUUCCUAAACCAGGGAGACACCUGGUCCUCCUCCCGGGAAGUCUCCUCUCAUGCCCAGAGAAUCGCUCGAGCCAAGUGGGAAUUCUUCUAUGGCUCCUUGGACCCCCCCAGCUCAGGUGCUAAGCCCCCAGAGCAGGUCCCCCCAUCACAUGGGGAGGGCUCCAGGCAGGGCUCUGGGGUGGCUGUGGGGCGAACAGCCAAGUACUCCGAGACGGACCUGGAUACGGUACCUCUGAGGUGCUACCGCGAGACUGACAUCGAUGAGGUGCUGGCAGAGCGGGAGGAGGCUGACUCAGCCAUUGAGAGUCAGCCCAGCUCUGAGGGCCCUGCUGGCACUGCCCGACCACCUGCCUCACGUCCCAGCCCAUGCCCUGGCCCUCCUUCCAGCCUGGGCAGUGGCAAUGAAGAUGAGGAUGAGGCAGGCGGGGAAGAGGAUGCGGACGACGAGGUGUUUGAGGUGUCAGAGGGGGCCUGGCCAGGGAACCACAUGCCUCACUCUGGGCCUAUCAAGUCACCGGUGCCCUUUCUACCUGGGACCAGUCCCUCAGCUGAUGGGCCUGACUCUUUCAGUUGUGUGUUUGAAGCCAUCCUGGAGUCACACCGGGCCAAGGGCACAUCCUACACCAGCCUCACCUCCUUGGAAGCCCUGGCCUCACCUGGCCCAACCAAGAGUCCCUUCUUCACCUUUGAGCUGCCACCCCAACCCCCAGCUCCCCGGCCUGACCCAUCUACUCCUGCCCCACUUGCCCCUCUUGAACCAGAAUCUGGUACCAGCUCAGCUGCUGAUGGUCAUUGGACCCAGAGAGGGGAGGUGGAGGAGGCAGAGGCUGGAAACAAGCUGGCCCCAAGAAGAGAGCCCCCUAGUCCCUCCCACUCCGAGGAUAGCUUUGGGCUGGGGGCAGCACCCCUCAGCAGUGAACCACCCCUGAGCCAGCUGGUAUCCGACUCAGACUCAGAGCUGGACAGCACAGAGCGGCUGGCCCUGGGAAGUACAGAUACCUUGUCCAAUGGACAGAAAGCAGAUCUGGAGGCUGCACAGCGCCUAGCCAAGAGGCUAUACCGACUUGAUGGCUUCAGGAAAGCUGAUGUGGCCCGACACCUGGGCAAGAACAAUGACUUCAGCAAACUGGUGGCUGGCGAGUACCUAAAGUUCUUUGUCUUCACGGGCAUGGCUCUGGACCAAGCUCUCAGGGUCUUUCUGAAGGAGCUGGCCUUAAUGGGUGAGACCCAGGAACGGGAGCGUGUGCUGGCCCACUUCUCCCAGCGAUACUUCCAGUGCAAUCCUGAAGCCCUGUCCUCAGAGGACGGAGCCCACACGCUGACCUGUGCCCUCAUGCUCCUCAACACUGAUCUUCAUGGCCACAACAUUGGGAAGCGCAUGACCUGUGGGGACUUCAUUGGAAACCUGGAGGGCCUCAACGAUGGCGGUGACUUCCCCAGGGAGCUGCUCAAGGCCUUGUACAGCUCCAUCAAGAAUGAAAAGUUGCAGUGGGCCAUAGACGAGGAGGAGCUGAGGCGCUCUCUGUCUGAGUUGGCCGACCCCAACCCCAAGGUCAUCAAGAGGGUCAGCGGGGGCAGUGGCAGCGGCUCCAGCCCUUUCCUGGACCUGACUCCAGAGCCUGGGGCUGCUGUCUACAAACACGGGGCCCUGGUGCGAAAGGUGCACGCAGACCCUGACUUCAGGAAGACACCUCGUGGCAAGCGGGGCUGGAAGAGCUUCCAUGGGAUCCUCAAGGGCAUGAUCCUCUACCUGCAGAAGGAGGAGUACCAGCCUGGGAAGGCUCUUUCUGAGGCAGAGCUGAAGAAUGCCAUCAGCAUCCACCAUGCUCUGGCCACCCGUGCCAAUGACUACAGCAAGAGACCACACGUCUUCUACCUGCGCACAGCUGACUGGCGGGUCUUUCUCUUCCAGGCUCCGAGUCUAGAACAAAUGCAGUCCUGGAUUACUCGCAUCAAUGUGGUGGCCGCCAUGUUCUCUGCGCCCCCCUUCCCAGCUGCUGUUAGUUCCCAGAAGAAAUUCAGCCGUCCUCUGUUGCCCAGCGCUGCCACCCGCCUCUCCCAGGAGGAGCAGGUGAGGACCCAUGAGGCCAAGCUGAAGGCCAUGGCAAGUGAGUUGCGUGAGCACCGGGCAACACAUCUGGGAAAGAAGACCCGAGGCAAGGAGGCUGAUGAGCAGCGGCAGAAGGAGGCCUACCUGGAGUUCGAGAAAUCCCGCUAUGGCACCUACGCAGCGCUGCUUCGAGUCAAGAUGAAGGCGGCCAGUGAGGAGCUGGAUGCCAUAGAGGCAGCACUGGCCCAGGCCAGGAGCACGGAGGAUGGAUGUCCUCCACCUCACUCCAGUCCUUCCCUGCAGCCCAACCCCACCAGCCAGCUCCGGGUGCAGCGUCGUGGCUCAGAGGCCCGGGCUGGAGCAGGCAGUGUGCUGUCGAAGCCCUGAGCAGGGAGCAGGAGCAUUGGGGGCAGUGCCUGCUGGGCACCUGCAUGAUGACAUGGCCCUGCCUGAGCUCAGCCAGCCUCGGGCCACCUAAGAGGGCCUCCUGGUCCAGGGCCCGACCGCGCCGGACGCGGUGUCCGGGGCAGGGCAGGGCUGGGCCGGGCCUCAGGAGCCUAGGCUAAGGGCCUCUCCGAGACCCCCCUUUUUGUGAUAAUGUUUUGCACUUUUUCGUACAGGGUGGGUGGGGUGGGAGGGGCCAAUGCCCCUAACUUUUGAUGGGGGUUUUCUUUUUUUUUUUUUUUUGGGGGGGGCCUGAUAAUGUUUUUGC